AUGAGCGUACGGUACCUUAAGUUCUUCCUCUCGCUUUUCUUCUAUGUCUCCGUUUCCAUCGUGAUUUUCGACCUAUCCAUGGCCAUCGUGUACGCUUCCCACAUCAAGAAGAGCCUGACCAAGGGCAUGAUCCUGCGGUACAGCGGUUGGAGUGUCGAAAUGAAGCUGCAAAAUUACGACGACUUUGGCGGUUGGAUACCGAUUGGCGCCGCGAUAUGCUGGAUGAGGGGAGUCUUGAUACUGUUCAUGAAUAUCUACUGCAUUAGAGCUAUUCAUAUGUCGAUGCGGAGCGUACAAAAGAGGGAAGUCAAGAGGCGUUUGACGCUGACUGAGAACCAACCGUUUCCUGAAGCGAAUUAUGAAAAUCCAAGUGAUGACACGGUCCUGUAUUACAGGACGGGGGAGCACAAACCUUACGUGGGCGUUCGGAGGAGAGACGUGUUG